UCUGUGUGCCAUACAUACACAGUGAUGCAGUAAAGUAAGCAGAGCUGAGCAGAAGCAGUUAUGGAGUUGCGAGCUGAACUGCUGAAGUCCAUCUGGUAUGCUUUCACCUCUCUGGACGUGGAGAAGAGUGGGAAGGUGUCCAAGUCCCAGCUAAAGGUGUUGUCUCAUAACCUGUACACUGCGCUGAACAUCCCCCACGACCCUGUGGCUCUAGAGGUCCACUUCAGAGAUGAUGAUGAUGGGCCGGUGUCCAACCAGGGGUACAUGCCCUACCUCAACAAAUUUAUACUGGACAAGGUGGUUGAGGGCACAUUUGAUAAGGAGAAUGUGGAUGUGUUCUGCUGGACUCUCUGUGCCAAAAAGAACUACCGGCCUAAAGAUGGCAUGGGUGUUCUGCUUGAUAAAGACGCCUUCUAUCUCUGGUGCAUCUUCAACUUCCUGUCUGAAGACAAGUAUCCACUUGUCCUGGCCCCAGAGGAGGUGGAAUACCUCCUGAAGAAGAUCUGCUUAGCCAUGAGUGUGGAGCUUAGCUGUGUGGACAUGGAGGAUUUCAUAUCCCAGGAGCCUGUGCAGCUGAGCGGCAUCACAGUGUGGGCCUUCCUGGACUUUGUCAACACCGGGAGGCUGACCAGAGGCGUGGAGAAUGACUCUGUCACCAUGGCGAUAGACAAGGUCUACCAGGAGAUAGUGGGCAAUAUCAUAAAAGAGGGGUAUCUGUGGAAGAAGGGUCACUUGCGGAGGAACUGGAACGAGCGCUGGUUCUCUCUCCGGCCCAGUACUCUGCAUUACUACGUCAGUGAGGACCGCAAGGAGUGUAAAGGCUGUAUCGAGCUGGACCACAACUGUUGUGUGGAGGUGCUACCAGAGAAGGAGGGGAAGAGGUGUAUGUUCUGUGUGAAGACGCUAACUAAGACCUACGAGAUGAGCGCCCCCGACACCAAGCAGAGACAGGAGUGGACCACAGCGAUCCAGACAGCGAUCCGUCUGUGUGUAGAGGGGAAGAACUCCCUGCAUAAGGACCUGAAGCUGCGACGCAGAGAGCUAAGGGAGGAGAGGGAGAGGAGGCGCACCACCAAGGAGGAGGAGCUACAACGUCUGUGCCUCCUCCAGGGGGAGAAGGAGAGCAAGCUGGCCGAGCUGGAGCUCCUACAGGAGGCGCAGAGGCACUCUCAGGCAGCACUGCUGCAGGAGGAACAGAAGAGGAGACAGAAACAUGAGGAGCUGCAGAGAACCCUGCAGGACCAGCUACAGCAGGCUGAAGAGCGUGUGUUUGUCGUGGGCCAGGAGCGGGACAACAUGCAGGCGGAGAUGGCCCUGAAGGAUGCGGAGACGGACCGCCAGAGGAAGAGGAUCAGGGAGCUGGAGGAGAUGCAGCUUCGCCUGGAGGAGGCCCUGCACCAGGAGAUUAGAGCUAGACAGAAUGAGGAGGCCUACCGCCUCGCACAGGCCAGUCUGCUGGUGGAGGAGGAGGAGAAGAUGAAGGUCCUGCUGGCCCUCCAAGAGGAACAGGAGCAGUACAUCCUGAAGACCCAGAGAGAGAAGCAGGAGCUCAGGCAGGAGAUGGUAACCAAGUCCCAGGCUUUAGAAGAGGCCCAACACCAGCUGGAGAAGGUUCGGGCCAACCGGCACAGAAUGGACCAUGACAUUGCAACUGCUCAGAGGAAGCUGCGGCAGGCCAGCACUAGUGUCAAACACUGGAAUGUCCAGAUGAACAGACUGAUGCAUCCUAUUGGACCGGGAGAGAGAAGAAUCUCACUUGGAGGCUCAGUGGAUCCGGUUGUGCGUGGGCCCUCCUUACGAGACUCAAGCCUACGCCUGUACCAUCAGAGGAGUGAGGGAGAGAGGGAGAAGGAGAGGGAGAGAGAGAAUGAGCAGGAGAACAUAGAGGAGAAGAAGUUUGAGGAGAGUGUGAGCAUCAUAGGGAGAGAGGAGAGGCGUCUGUCUCAAGCCUCCAAUGGGGACAUGGACUGUGCCUGAGGCCCAACACCCCUAAGCUAAUGUUAAUGUAAAUACAUACUACUGGGAUUGUACUAUCAGAUAAUUUGAUAUCACCUUUUGUUUACUUAAGAGGAUGUAUUUUUAUGUGAGUAUUUUCACCUUUCUUUUCUCUCUCUCCCCGUCCUUACUUGGUCAAUUACUAUGACGGUAAUAAUAUUAGCAAAAUAAUGCUAAUAUUCUUGGUGCUUUCAUGGCAGGAAAGUCUUCAAAUUUGAACUAUAAAUGUUUUUAUUCUGUAAACUCUUUUUAAUUGUAAUUGAAAACCAAAGCUCAUUAACAAAAACAGCACUGGACAACUUGGCUGAUGAUUGUUUUUGACAUGUGGGAUGAAGAGUUUGAAAUGGAAAUAAAUUAUGUAUAAUGAUUUGUAAUAUUCAUGUGUAAACAUACUGAAUUGUAAUUGGAUGCAUUUUACCGCCAUAUCAUACUGUGCUAUGAUUGGUUAAGACCACCCAAAUGGUUAGGUCAUGGUCAGUUUGAUCCUGGUUGGCGAUACGUGAACAUGCCAGUUAUAGCUAGCUAAUAAAGAGCUACGUUAAGAAAUA